AUGUUGUCGAUGGUAAGCAGUACCCAGAGCGUCGACAGUGCUGCUGCAUCCAGCAAGAAAGACACGAGCAGCUCCAGUCCAAGCGUCGGCAUGACGGCAGGAGCUUCCGUGGCACAUGUCAUUGCGAGUUUGGCACACAGUGGACGAAGCAGCUUGCAGGAAGCUGACUGCCAUUUCUACGACACGCUGCGUCUGCACGAGUCGUUGGAUGAAUCGCGAGACGAGCUGGACACGUUGACCGAGACGCGGGACCAGCAGCAGCAAAGUGUCCGUGCAGCGAACAAAGCUGCUGCGGUGCUCACCUCUGUGUCUCGUGCCGGGAGGUUUGCUGCUGCUGCCAGCUCAGCACCUAAGAAACGGUCUACGAAAUCCAAGUGUUCGCCAGGCCUGCGAAGUGGAAAAUGGACUGCUGAAGAGGAGAGUUUUACAAACCUGAUCAUCCACUUUUUCAAGCGCGGGCUGUUGGAUGUUGAAGAUGGUACGUCGCUGCGCUGGUACCUCGCGAAGCGCCUGAACUGCGAAGCUAUGCGCGUGACCAAGAAGCUCAAGGGCAAUAGCUCAAUUGGUAAGCAGGUCUUCCGGGCCGUGGAAAACAAUCCUGCAAACCGCCGGGCCAUUCGACUCGCUCGUGAAGAGCUGGCCAUCGUGGAAUCUCGCUUUCUGGAGUCGCUUGACACGGGAGCGAUCGGUACAGGUACCCAGCGUGUUUCAUUGGCACCGCUGCCGUCUUCUCUUGCUGUAUCCGUGCGUGGUCGCAAGAUUCUGCCGAACACGAAGCACAGCGAUGGAUUACGUCGGUCCGUGGCAGCUUGUGUACCGCAGCCCAAAUGUGAAGAUGCUAGACUGCUGAUCCACUUCUUCAGCGAAGCGCAUGACACAAACUCGGACGAAGAACCGGAAGCCGAGAAGAGAGCAGACUCGGGCGGCCUCAGCAUUGACCUGGGCGAUAAACUUGGCAAGAAGCGGCCAUUGCCAGCCGAAGCGAGCGUCGAUGCGGCGAGUGAACAAUGCAACAUAUCGGACGAUCAAGAUGCCGAGUCGAUGAAGGCAAAGCGACAGGCGAUUGAGCCAGAAGAGCCUACGAACUAA